CAUUUCAAUUACUCCUCAGUUUUUCUUUUUUUCGGCAUUAAUAGCUGGUAUACAUAAUCUUGUUAUUAGUUCUGCCAAUAAACGCGUUUUACAAAUUCUUCGUAAUUUGCUCGAAGCGAUAACGUUAUCUACCCUUAUCAUUACAUAAAAUGACGAUGCGAUUUACUUAGUAUCUGUGUGACCAUGGCUUGAGUCAGACGGCUGAUAAAUAAAAUACGUAAAUAUAUUAUAUCUGAUGCUAUAUUCACAAAAACGUUGUGAGAUUUGAAAGUAUCGAUUAAAAACGAUUUGUUGAAAUAUGGAUUUCACGAACAAAGUAGUGAUCGUGACCGGAGCAAGCUCGGGAAUCGGAGCAUCUUCAGCUAUACUCUUCGCGAAAUACGGAGCCCAACUAACUCUAGUUGGAAGAGAUGAAAACAGACUUGGAAUCGUUGCAAAACAGUGUCUACAAGCAAAUGGGUUACAACCGUUGUGUAUUCUUAUCGACCUUACCGGAAAAGGAGCCUGUGAGACAGUGAUUACAAAGACUAUUGAUACCUACAAACAAAUUGAUGUCCUCGUCAACUGUGCCGGCAAAAUGCUCAUCGCAUCUUUAUUUGAUGACACAACAGACGUGUUUGACGAACUCAUAGACAUCAAUCUUCGUGUACCAUACAAGCUAACGCACCUAGCUGUGCCACACCUUGUCAAAACUAAAGGUAAUAUAGUCAAUGUGAAUACAACUAGAAACUCAAGAGUAAGACACGGAUUCUUAGCGUUUGCUAUAACCAAAGCCGGAUUGGAAAGAUUCACGAAAUCAGCUGCUGUUGAAUUAUCAACUGAAGGAGUCAGGAUCAAUUCUGUGCAGCCAGGUUUGACAAGGACGAACAUAUUAAAGAACUUGGCGAUGACAGAAGAGGAAGUGAAGAAAACUUAUGAUGCCUUGUCUAGUAAAAUGAACAUUUUGGAAGCUGAUGAGGUCGCUAAUAUGGUCGUUUUUAUGGCCAGUGAGGCUUGCCCUAACCUGAACGGCGCUCACUUUGGAAUCGAUGGCGGACAGACGCUUAUAUAACCUUGAUGGAAUUGUAUUUAAAGAUUAGAAUUAUUGUGACUUUCUUUUUUUAAGUUUUAAGUCUUUAUCGAGUGCUCUAAAAUUAAGAUUCGAUUGAUUAGGACGAUUUAUAAUCGGUAUAUUUUGUUUAGAGAUAAAUUGGUAUGAAUUGUU